GAAAGUCAAGCAGGAAAAGGAGCGCUUCCUCCUCCCUCAGAGCGCGUUCUUCACGAACAUUUCCUGUCGCGUUAGUGACUCACGUCCAUCUCCGCGCGUUUCCUCUCAGCCGAGGGAGGAGGAUGAGGCUCGAGCCGAACUAACAGUGUACACCCGGGGUCAGACGGAAUGGAGCGGCUCGGUUCCGUCGCGUUCGGAUCGCUUCUUCUCGUGUGUCUGCUGUCUGGUGCAUCAGCUCUGCUCGACACAGCCAAUCCAGACAGAGUGUGUAAGUCAUGUGACCCUCAGCCGGCGAACUGCAAGGCGAAUGAGUGCAACGUAAACUGCAGCGUAUCAAGGCCCUGCCCGAGUCCAAAUGUCUGCGCCGCCGUCUGGUGGAGGAAUGCUGGAGUCGUGACGGUGGAGACGAAGUGUCAUGACCGGACACAGCCACUGAGAGGUGUGAUGCUGGACGACUACAGCAGCUCGGACUGUGUGCUGUCGAUCAGCAACACGAGCCCUAACAUCCGUCUGUGCGCCUGUACGGGACCAGAGUGCAACAAAAACAUUCUGCUGGAAAAACCUGAUGACCGGACAUUGCCUACAUCAGAAGCUAUAGGAGGGUUCAGACCCCAUCAGCUCUGUAGGUUCUGUGACAGGGAUUUUACCGUGUGUAACGCCACCGGCGUCUGCAAAUCCUCCUGCAACCUCUCCUCCAUCUGUGAGAAUCCCAGAGAGGUCUGCGCCAGUGCCUGGUGGAGGAAUAAUGGGAGUCCCAUCAUGGAGACGGUGUGUCACAAUCCAGCGGUGCGCUUUCACGGUCAGUAUCUGACAGACUACAACAACAGCGUCUGUAAGAUGAAGCAGGUGAAGGGCAUGGAGGAUUUCUACAUCUGCUCCUGCAAUGCUGAAGAGUGCAACGAUCGCCUCUACUUCACUGACGUGCCACUUGAUCCAAGAGACCUUGAGAAGACUCUCCCGCCUCUGCUGUUGGUCACUGUGGUUCCUGUGCUGAUCGCUGUCGUCGUUCUCCUCUCCGCCGUCUACUAUUAUCGCGUGUUCCACCAGCAGAACCUCAAAGCACCCAAAACCAAAGGCAUUGACAGCGAGACCUGCGCCAUCAUCAUGAGCGACGACGACCGAUCCGACAGCAACUCGGCCAACGCCAACAGCCUAAACCACAACACCGAGCUGCUCCCCAUCCAGCUGGACGCUAUAGUGGGGAAAGGCCGCUUCGCUGAAGUCUACAGAGCCAAACUCAAGCAGGGAGCGACAGAUGAAUCCUUCCAGAUGGUAGCGGUCAAAAUAUUUCCCUACGAAGAGUAUGCAUCGUGGAAAACAGAGUGGGAGAUUUUCUCCGACGCCGAACUUCGGCAUGAAAACGUGCUUCAGUUUUUGACCGCCGAGGACCGGAAGAUGGAGCGACGCUAUUGGCUGAUAACGGCCUAUCACGAGCGAGGGAACCUGCAGGAGUUCCUGACGCAGCACGUGAUUGGCUGGGACGAGCUGUGCCGAUUGGGUAUGUCUCUGGCGAGGGGCGUGGCUCAUCUCCAUGCUGACCGAACGCCGUGCGGACGCCCCAAAGUGGCCAUCGUGCACCGCGACCUGAAGAGUGUGAAUGUGCUGGUGAAGUCGGACCUCAGCUGCUGUCUGUGUGACUUCGGUCUCAGUCUGAGACUCCAUAACUCCAUGACUCCUGAAGAACUGGCCAACAGCGGACAGGUGGGGACGGCCAGAUAUAUGGCUCCUGAGGUGCUGGAGUCCAGGAUGGACCUGGAGAACAUCGAGUCCUUCAAACAGGCCGACGUUUACUCCAUGGCCCUGGUUCUGUGGGAAAUCACGUCCAGAUGCAGCGCUAUCGGAGAUGUGCGGGAGUACGAGCCUCCGUUCGGGAAGCUGAAGGAUCAUCUGUGUGUGGAGAGCAUGAAGGAUGAUGUGAUCAGAGACCAACUGAGACCCGAGAUACCGGCCAGCUGGACUAACCACACGGGCGUUCAUCUGCUGAGCUCCACUAUAGAGGAGUGCUGGGAUCACGAGCCCGAGGCGCGUGUGACAGCGCAGUGUGUCGUGGAGAGAUUCGGUGAAAUCAGCAGCGCUGUGAUCUCGCCCCUCGACACCGACACCAAGAGCGCACAGGAUUCUGGGAACGAUGAGGAGGAGAUCUGAGCCACAGACACCCGUCUGUCCAAUCAGCUGAUAAACAGCCUUUUAGACAAAGUGACAUUUGCACUUUUCAGGAACAACUAAACACACCAAAUCCACACAUGUGUACAGCACAGGUGAUGCUUACUCAGCUAUGAACUCAUUCUCCAUAUCCAGAGCGCGUGUAUGACGCCAGUCGCUCGUUAGCAAUCAUUAUAAGCUUCAGGGAAAAUCUGCUUCGCUGACGUGAAACAGGCAAACACAGAGAGGAACAUGACUCCUGACGCAAAGGAUUCUGGGACAUGUGAACUCAUACCAAGAAAAUCCAAGAGACCCUAUGUGAAUUUACAGUAUUAUAAAGCCGUAAGUUGAUUAUGAGCGAUAAAUCUGAUCGAAUCCAGCUGAUUUAAGUUUUUAAUAAAGUGCUGUCAAACGAUUUAU